UACGGUUUAUGGGCCUGCCAUGAAGAGGGCUAGGCUUAGGUCGUGGGUUGGGUGCUGCGGUAGGUUCUUGGGGGAAGAUGGUGGUGUCGUCGCUGCGGCUGCAAUUGGGUAUAUUGGAAUGAUGAGGAGGAGAAGGACGAGGAUGAGCUGAUGUCGUUGCUGAGCUUCGGGCCCGCUCGGUUGGGGCAUGUGGUUCAUGUGCUGGGGCAUAUCAAUUGCAACUCAGGAGAAGGUUGGGGUUGGAGCUUUGUCUGUCGUGUGAUGUGCACCCCGGGAUUGUGGAGGGGAGUUUCGCGGAGCAUCAUUUGGGUACUUAGUGAUUCGUGUCAGAAGGGAAAGACCGGUUGUCCAGUUGUGCAUCGUACCGACCGUGUCGGAUUCUUCUGCAGCGCCGUGUCAAAUGAGCUUCUCACUACGGAGCACUUCCAUCUCAGCCGGGCUGAAGUGUCGAGCCUCUGCACAAAGUCAUAUAGCGUGACCCUUGGAGGUGCGGUGGAGAAAGAGCGCUUGUUUCGACUUUUAAAUGGCUUCAAGGCGGACUACAGGGCAUGAACGAACAAUUAAAAAGACUCCUUGCAUUCCGGCUCAUUAGUGAG